ACCUCUCCUUUAAUAUCUCUUUACACCAAAAAAUGCAGUUGAGGUGUUGUGGAGACGAAGAAGAGGACAACCUCCUCCAUCAACCCCUUAUUACACCCUCUCACUCGCAAACUUUGCAAACCACCUCCAUUAUCACCAAAGAAGCAACAAUUUCUCCGAUGAAUUCUAACUUUUCAGCUCUAAUUUGCAGAGAUGUUCUCAGAAUCAUCUUCGAGAAGCUUCCUAUCGACGAUUUAGCUCGCGCUGGUUGCGUUUGCAGGAUUUGGAGCUCCGUUGCUUCCGAUAGAGAAAUUCAAACGGCGGCGUUUAGGGCGCCAUGGAAAUUGAAGGAAAUUGUUGGAAGUCCAACUUCUGGAAGCUUCUGGAGAGAUAAUAGCUUGAAUAAAUUCGCCAUUUCUCAUCGCAUUCUUCGAGGUGAUUCUGUCGCUAGUCUCGCUGUCAAGUAUUCUGUUCAGGUUAUGGACAUAAGACGACUGAACAACAUGAUGAGCGACCAUGGCAUUUACUCAAGGGAAAGGUUGCUCAUCCCUGUGAGAAGUCCAAACAUCCUUAUUGAUAGUACAUGCUACAUAGAACUUGAUCUGUACGCAAGAAGGGAAGUAGCAGUCUUGUAUCUGGAGGGAGGUCCAGAAGGGAGAAAGUCUGUCUGCUCUACCAGCAGGGAAACCUCCGAUCUGGGUAAGAGAAGGGUACUUGAAUCUGUUAGAAGGAGCUUGCAGGUUGAUGAUGAGAUUGCUCGGUACUAUCUUUCUGUAACUGAUGGUGAUCCACGGGCAGCACUCUCGGAAUUCUCCAAGGACCUUAGAUGGGAAAGACAGACAGGUCUAAUCUAGCUGAAGAUUAAAACAGAAAGGUGCAAUUGCCAAAGCAGAAGGCUAGGUCGCUUUCUGUUGUAAGCCUUACCGUUAUCGGUGUGAUUCUAUACUUGAACGGAGUACCAUCACUCCGCUUAUUGCUGGGUAUAUCCAUUUGCUGACCUCAAGGGCAGGCAAACAUUUAGCGGUCUUAUCGGCAAGCAUGGUAUAAGAACACUGUAAAAGUAAGGGAAAUUCCCACUGGUAA